AUGUCCAAGCUCAACCUGAAAGGGUUUUGGGAGGCGGUUGCCGAUGACGGGGUGCUGAGAGCGAAGAUUCUGAAGGAUGGUACUUUGUUCUCGUGGCCAUCCGUUAAACGGGUGGGUAUCAUCAACUUCAAGAGCAUGGACAUGAACUGCCGCGUCCUGCGAAUCCUCGUGAAGAUUUGGUGUCCCCAAUUGAAAGAAGCCAAAACCAUUUUCCCGAACCUUGCGCGCGAAGAGAUCCAAGAGCUCCGAGUUCACCUGAGCAUGCCCUCGGACGUGGUUCGUGUCAAUGUGGAUGCAGUGACACUGCGCGCGUUCGAGGGGGAUGAGGCGUUCAUCUUGGAUGAAGAGCUUCGCAAGGCUUUGGUGGAGACAUGCUCGCCCAAGAGCCCUGCGGUGAAGGCUUUGGCGGCUUUGGCUUCGAUGCCAAGUGUUGAGAAGGUCAGCAGCAAGCCUGGCUGCAUCGAGAUUUCGGAUUCGCCGGUGAAGGCAGCGCCAGCCAGGAAGAGCCCAGUUUUCCAUGGGGCUACUGAGCUUGCCGAGCGCAGGAAACGAGUGGAAGCCCUGCAGCGUGAGAUUGCAAGGCGCCGUGACACAAUGGCUUGCGCUCGACCCCUGCACAGCAAGUCCUUGCCAGCCGACGCAAAUGUGAUCGAGACGCAGGUGUGUGACCUCUCGCCUGUUGCGAAGAACCUUCAGGAUCGCUUCGCCCGCGCGGCAGCAGGUGAAACUGAUGACUACGACAUCUUGCCCACCGAGCCUGAGUUCUCACCGGAAAACACCCCUACCAGGCUGGCCGAUCUUGCGCAGAAGGACGGCCAGCUAAGCUCGACCGAAGAUUUGGGUGCUGAGGGUCCGGGUGCUGCAACGGACAAGCAAAAGAUGGAAGACGAUCUUUUCUUCCAGGACCAGCCAGACGCCCGGCGUGAGCAGCAGAUGGCAGCCCGAGACUUGCUGCAGGAGGGGCGCCUGGAAGAGGAGGUCGAAGUCGAAGAUGGGAAGAAGGACCAGGAGCAGCCAGUUCUGAAGAAGCCUUCGGCCAAGAAGGGGGUAGCCAAGCCGAAGGGUAAGGCCAAAGCAAAGGCCAAGGCCAAAGCAAAGGCUGCGUCGCAGAAGAAGGCCCCCAAAGCGAAGGGAAGGCCCAGCAAAGGCAUCAGAGCUGCUGACGAGGCAGAGGACGUGGAUGCAGUGAAUGCGUCUGAGGAGCCGGCCCAAGCGGAGGAGGAGCCCCGAGUGGAGGUCGGGGUAGAGCCUGCGCAGGAUGAUGUGGAUGCUGCCGAGCCAUCAGGCUCUGCAAAGCGCCCGAUGCCAGUAAGCAUCGAUGCUGAUGUUGCUGAGGCCGCGCCGAAGGCGGCCCCGAAGGCGGCCCCGAAGAAGAAGACCAAGCGUGCGAGAGAGGAAGCCCAGCAAGAUGGGAACGAUGCUCCUGUGAUGAAGGUGAGGAAGACCUUUGCGUCAAGGCCCUGUCCGAAGGUUGACCUUCUGGCCAAGCGAAGGUGGACAGCCAUCAAGGAAGCCUUUGAGGAUUGCUUGGCACCAGUGCUGAUGAAUGCUAGCAGCCACGAGGACCCUUGUUCAAAAACAUAG